AAUGAGGUCAUUUACAAAGAAGAGGGAUAUAGUGAGACCAGGUGUCACUAGAUUUGCUUCUUCUUUCCUUACUCUACAAAGUUUAAUGGAGAAAAAGAGCCAAUUGAGGGCAAUGUUUACUAGCUCUGAGUGGGAGGAGUGCAAGUGGUCAAAGACUGUUAAAGGGAAAGCAGCCUAUGCAACUGUGUUAAGUAUUGCUUUCUGGAAUGGUGUGACUAUAUGUCUUAAGGUUUUUGCACCUUUGAUGAGGGUGCUUCGAAUUGUUGAUGCAGAUAAGAAGCCUUCUAUGGGCUUUUUAUAUGGAGAGAUUAAUCAGGCAAAAAAGGAUAUUAAGGAGGCCCUAAACAAUCUUGAAAAGAACUAUUUGCCUAUUAUGGAAAUUAUUGAUGCAAGAGUGAAAGAUAGGCUAGAUAGUCCAUUGCAUUUUGCGGCUUACCUUUUGAAUCCAUAUUAUUUGUUCAAAGAUAUGGAUAUGCAAUUUGAUAAUGAACUGAUGGAUGGGUUUUUUAAUGCUGUAGAGAUGUUUUUUUAUGGUGAUGAUCGCAUGCAAGGGCAUAUUUUAAAUGUUGAGUUGCCAAAAUAUACUUGCAAAGAAGGAGUUUUUGGAAAGUCAUGGGCAAUUCAAGGGUGUGCAACAAAUGAUGAUAAUUAUAACCCAGUUAAAUGGUGGAUGACUUAUGGAAAUCAAACACCAAACUUGCAACGAAUGGCGAGAAGGAUCCUCUCGUUAACUAGUAGUUCAUCCGGUUGUGAAAGAAAAUACAUACGAAGAAACGAAAUAGACUAG